UUUAGAGACUCACAUACACGCGCACGCACACACAGCUCAAAGGAUUUAUUACCUUGGACAACUUGGAGGCAGCACUGAAAUAUCAGAAGAGGCCAGAGCACAACCUGAAAGAAGCAGAGGAACACAGAUCUGUGAACAGAAAGUCUUGAGCCAUUAGUCUGCAUCAAGAUGUGGAAAAAAGCGAAGAUUGCAGACCCGACUGCUGCCGGGCAGGGCGGACCGGAAAUUCUCCCUUCGAGACGAGGCAUCAAGCGGAGAUCCAAGGUUCCCGGUGUUAUGAUUACACAGUACAUCGAGGAACUACCUGAGGGGAAAAGUACUCCCGACUUUACUCGUAAGCCCAUCGCCUUAACCAUUCAAGAAGGAAAGCUAGCUGUUUUUAAAGCCAAAGUGGUUGGAGAUCCGACACCUGUUGUAACCUGGAAUAGAGCGAAAGGGGAAAUGAAGGACCCUCAAAGAUUUCAGUGUAAAUAUGACCCUGCAACCGGUGAACAUACUUUGGAGAUGCCCAAAGUUAGCAGUGAUCAGGCAGAUACGUAUAAAUGCUAUGCCACAAAUGAAUUUGGAAAAGCGGUGUGUACUGUUGUCCUAAAUAUCAUUGAAGUCGGAUUCAAGAAGGAUAGAGAAAUGAAGAAAGCUCAAGUGGUGGUUGAUGACCCAACAGAGUUUAGAAAAAGGCUGAAAAAAGGUGUUGGCAAAAAAGUGGAGAAAAGCGACAUUGAUGAAGCAGUAUGGGAAUUGUUGCUGAGCGCGGACAAGAAAGACUAUGAGCGUAUUUGCAUUCAGUACGGUAUCACUGAUUACCGUGGGAUGCUGAGGAAAUUGGCUGAGAUGAAGAGGGAAAGGGCAGCGGAGCAGGCACAGUUCAUCAAACAUCUCAGUAAUCUGAAACCAAUUGAGGUGAAGGGUGAAAAUGCUGCAACUUUUGAACUGGAAAUGGAACUUAAAGACCCCAACAGUCGCAUUUUUCUUUACAAGGAUGGUGUUAUGAUUCCAUUCAGCAGAGACACUGAAGGCAACAUAAAGCACUGUUUGAAGCAAGUGGGCAAAAAAUAUAUCUUCACUGUUACAAACCUAGAUCCUGAGGAUGCUGGAAUUUAUCAAGUGGAUGUUGAGGGUGUCAAUGUCUUCUCGACAGAUUUCAAGAUUCCUCCUGUGGACUUUGCAUUGAAGACUCAGGAAGUGAAGGCCGAGGAGAGAGAGGAUGCCAUCUUUGAAUGUGUCCUAACUCAUCCCAUGAAUCAGAUUGUUUGGACCUUGAAAAACUCCCCAAUUUCAAACAAUGAGAAAUUUGAGAUCACUGUUUCUGAGGAUAAACUGAUCCAUAGGCUAAAAAUCAUUGAUUGUAUGCCUGUUGAUUCGGGAAUCUACGCCGCUACAGCUGGAAUGAAGUCUUGCAGUGCUUGGCUGAUUGUGGAAGCCGACAAAGAUCCUGCAACGCAAGGCAAGAAGAAAGCCCGUAAGACCACUCAGGCAGGUGGUGGAGCUGAUUUGGAUAAGAUUGCUGCUGAGCAGGCCGAGAGGCACAAGAAGGAGAUGGCAGAGGCAUUGGAGGCCGCUAAGAAACUUCAGGCUGAACUUGAAGCGGUAGAAGCCGAAGCCCGAGCCACAGCAGCGGCUGAAGCCGAAGCUGCUAAAACAGCUGCACAGGCAGCUGCGACUGUGGCCACUGCCAUGGCUGCAGCUGCAGCUAAAGCUGCAGAGGAUGCUCUUAAAGCAGCUAAAGCCAAAGGGAUGUCUGCAGCGGAUGCUAAAGCUUUGGCAGAUAAAGCAGCCUUGGCGGCAGCAGCUAAGGCCAAAGCAGAAGCAGAGGAGGAAGCCAGGAAAAAGGCGGAGCUUAAGGCCCUUAAUGAUGGUCUAAGUGCUGAGCAGGCAGCUGCAGUUGGGGCUGCCGCUGCUGCUGCGUUGGCCACAAAGGCGGAUGCUGCGUCGGCAGGGAGCGCAGGUGCUAGAGCUGGAGGAGAUGCUGCUGGAGCAGUUUGGGCAACAGCUGGUGGUGCUGGAGGUGUUGGUGGUCUUGGUGGAGCUGCUGGCCUUGAAGGAGCUGGUGGACUUGGAGGAGUUGGUGGCCCUGGGGGAGCUGCUGGCCUUGGAGGAGUUGCGGGCCAUGGAGGAGCUGCUGGCCUUGGAGGAGCUGCUGGCCUUGGAGGAGUUGGUGGCCCUGGAGGAGUUAGUGGCCCUGGAGGAGCUGGUGGCCUUGGAGGAGCUGGUGGCAUUGGAGGAGUUGGUGGCCUUGGAGGAGUUGGUGGCCUUGGAGGAGUUGGUGGCCUUGGAGGAGCUGCUGGCUUUGGAGGAGCUGCUGGCCUCGGAGGAGUUAGCGGCCCUGGAGGAGCUGGUGGCAUUGGAGGAGUUGGUGGACCUGGAGGAGCUGCUGCCCAUGGAGGAGCUGGUGGCAUUGAAGGUGUUGGUAGACCUGGAGGAGCUGGUGGCCUUGGAGGAGCUGGUGGCAUUGGAGGAGUUGGUGGCCCUGGAGGAGCUGGUGGCCUUGGAGGAGCUGCUGGCUUUGGAGGAGCUGCUGGCCUUGGAGAAGUUAGUGGCCCUGGAGGAACUGCUGGCCAUGGAGGAGCUGGUGGCCAGGGAGGAGUUAGUGGCUCUGGAGGAGCUAGUGGCAUUGGAGGAGUUGGUGGCCCUGGAGGAGCUGCUGGCCUUGGAGGAGUUGCUGGCCAUGCAGGAGCUGCUGGCCUUGGAGGAGCUGGUGGCCCUGGAGGAGCUGGUGGCCUUGGAGGAGCGGGUGGCCUUGGAGGAGCCACUGGCCCUGGAGGAGCUGGUGGCAUUGGAGGAGCUGGUGGCCUUGCAGGAGCUGGUGGCCUUGGAGGAGCUGGUGGCCCUGGAGGAACUGGUGGCCUUGGAGGAGCUGGUGGCCUUGGAGGAGCUGGUGGCCUUGGAGGAGCUGCUGGCCUUGGAGGAGCUGCUGGCCUUGGAGGAGUUGGUGGCCCUGGAGGAUUUGGUGGCCCUGGAGGAUUUGGUGGCCCUGGAGGAUUCGGUGGCCCUGGAGGAUCUGGUAGCCCUGGAGGAUUCGGUGGCUCUGGAGGAUUCGGUGGCCCUGGAGGAGUUGGUGGACCUGGAGGAUUUGGGGGCCCUGGAGGAGUUGCUGGCUCUGGAGGAUUCGGUGGCCCUGGAGGAUUCGGUGGCCCUGGAGGAGUUUGUGGCCCUGGUGAAUUUGGUGGCCCUGGAGGAGUUGGUGGCCUUGGUGGUCCUGGAGUAGUCAGUGGACCAGGAGGAGUUGGUGGCUCAGAAGGAGUUGGCGGCACCGGAAGUGUUAGUGGCCCUGGAGGAGUUGGUGGCCAUGGAGGUGUUGGUGGGGCCAGAGGGGCUAAAGGAGCUACAGGAGCUUCACAAGCUGGAGGAGCUGGUGGGGCCACUGGGGCUAGAGGAACUGGAGGUGAAGGAGGAGCUGGAGGUGCAGGACAAGCUGGAGGUGCUAGAGGUGCUGGAGCUGGUGGCUUAGGAGGGAAAGGUGGUGAUGCAGGUGAAGGCGAUGGAGGUGAAGACCGGAAACUCCAGAAAGCAGGACCUCUUGUACCUGAUACUGUCACAGGUGGAGGUAACCCAUCAGAUAAAGGACCUGGCAAGCCAUCGGGGUCCGGAAAGGCAUCGGGUUCCAAAAAAACAGGUUCUGAAAGUCAAUCCGGUUCUGGUAGCUCAUCAGGUUCAGGAGCCCCGUCCGGUUCUGACCAAGCUUCAGGUUCCGCAAACGCAUCGGGUACCGGCAGUGCAUCGGGUUCUGGCGGUGCAUCAGGUUCUGGGGAUCCACCAGGUCCCGGAAAGCCACCAGGUUCUGGUGGUCCAUCAGAUGGCACCGGUGAAGCUGCAGAAGAAGACAAAAAAGCUGAAGAUGAAAAGGAUAAGUCAGGUGAAGCUGGCAAGCGUUCGGGUCGCACAAAGGAUGGAUCGCAGGUUCCAGAGACAGUUGUUGAUCCCGGAGUGCACUUUUCUACUGGGCUGGAUGACUGUAAUGUUAUUGUGGGAGAAUCAACUGAACUGUUCUGCAAACUUAGCAGUGCCGAUGCAAAGGGAACCUGGUAUAAAGAUGGCACUGAGAUUACUGGCUCCACUGAGGGUAUGACCAUCAGCAAAGACGGAGCCGUUCAUAAACUGAAAAUUAGCAAAGUCACGGAUGAAAUUGCUGGAAAAUACAAAUUUGAGGCUGAUGGACGUAAAACUGAAUGCAUGGUUGUUGUUGAAGAUCCGCCAAGAUUCAAAGCCGCUGAUGUUGAAGAAUUCGCGAAACCGGUUGUGAUCAAACAUAACCAAAAAGCCACCUUUAAAAUUCCAUUUAUUGGCCAUGAGCCGUUAAAAGUCCAGUGGUACAAAGACGGCGAGGAGCUUGCGCAAGACAACAACUGCAAGAUUGAGAUUUCCGAGAGCCACAGUCGUCUGCUUCUUAACAAACUGCAGCGUAAAGACACCGGGGAGAUAAAGGUCAAAGUCAAAAAUGAGUUUGGCACCGCUGAAGCGAUCUCUAACUUAGUUGUACUUGAUAAGCCCACACCUCCACUUGGACCUCUGGAGAUCAUUGAGGCAACUUCCAACUGCCUUGAGUUCAAGUGGAGACCACCAAAAGACGACGGUGGAUGUAAGAUUCAACAUUACAUACUUGAACGCAAUCAAAUCGGACGCAACACGUGGAAGAAGAUAGGCCAGAUUGGGCCUGAAGCCCACUACAAAGACACUGAUGUUGACCAUGGCAGAAGAUACUGCUAUCGUAUCCGAGCCCAGACUGAUGAGGGCACCAGCGAACUGAUGGAGACCGAAGAUGUUCAGGCUGGCACUAAAGAAUAUUCAGGUCCACCAUCUGCUCCAAAAAUUGUCAGUGCCUUUAAGAAAUGCAUUAACUUGACAUGGGCUCCCCCAACCAAUACCGGAAGAAGCAAUAUUUUGGGUUAUAACUUGGAGAAACGCAAGAAGGGCAGCAACCUAUGGGGACCAGUUAAUCCACCAGACGAACCUAUCCAAGCAAAGAAAUACAGCGUGACAGAUGUAGUUGAAGGAAUGGAAUAUGAAUUCCGAGUGUCUGCCGUCAACAUAUCCGGAGCUGGAGAACCAAGCGUUCCCUCUGAAUUUGUGUUUGCCAGAGAUCCAAAAAAACCCCCUGGUAAGGUCAUUGAUCUUAAAGUGACAGAUUCCACCUACAACACCCUGUCCUUAUCUUGGACUAAACCAAAAGUGGAGCCAGGCGUUCAGGAUGAGCCCAAAGGAUACUUUGUUGAUAUCAGGCCUGCCGAGAGCCAGGAGUGGAAUCGAUGCAACUCAAACGCUGUCAUCACGACCUCCUACACUGUAAAGGGAAUGAAACCAUUGGGCAUGUAUUGGGUUCGAGUGUUAUCCACCAACGAAGGUGGAGACGGUGAACCACAGGAGCUAAAGAACUAUGUUUUGGCAAUGCCACCUCCAGUGAGACCAAGAUUCACGGACGCUAAGAUACAGAGCUUAAUGGUGGUCAAAGCUGGAAAUUCCGCACGAAUCAGCAUUAACUUUGUGGCGUCUCCAUUGCCUGAAGUCAUCUGGCUGAAAGAUGGCGUUCCAGUCUCUAAACGAGUUACUAUUAGCAACGCUGAGGGAGGUUCUCAGAUUCUGAUCCCAUCUUCAGAACGUCCCGAUUCAGGAAUCUACACCAUCAUAGUCAAGAAUGUUGUGGGACAAGAGACCCUUAGUGUCGAGAUAAGGGUCACAGAUGAACCCAAGCCCCCUGGUCCCGUGGAGCUGGAUGAGAAUGUGCCAGGCACCGUGACAAUUUCCUGGGAACCGUCACCAGAUGAGAAACGCGAUGAUCGCCUAUAUUACGUAGUGACCAAGAGAGACUCCAGCAAAAGAUCCUGGCACACCGUAGCUGACCGCAUUUUCAACAACCGUUUUACAAUCUGUAACAUCGUUCCAGGCAGAGAAUACCAAUUCCGGGUCUACUCCAAAAACGAUAUCGGCCUGUCUGACCCAUCUGAUUCUGCAAAAUGGCUUAUCCCAUGCAAGAAAGAAAAGUUCACAGCUGGACAUGCCGAAGUCUAAGACUUGCAACUUUGAAAGGCCUCCAAAGUUCAUGGUUCCACUGAAAAUCCACACGGCACCGCAAGGCUACGAGUGCUUCAUGAGCUGCGCUGUAAGGGGCGACCCAACGCCCCACAUCACCUGGUAUCGCGACAACGUCAGCCUCAACACCAACACCAACUACCUCAUCACUAACACCUGUGGAGUGUGUUCCCUGCUCAUCCUCAGGGUCGGACCCAACGACACAGGAGAAUACAAAAUCACCGCAGAGAAUCCGUUGGGAAGAGCCGAGUGCUCUACUGUUCUUACGGUCAGAGAAUGAAACAACAACACGACAAGAUUAUCAAAACAUGCCGCUUGGAAGCCAUCAUUUUUGCUUUUUUAUGGAUUUCGGUGUCUUUAUAGAAGUACAGUCUUAAAUACAGAAUAGCAUAUUUACUGUACAUGAAACAUGUACACUGGACUUUCUUGUGGCCUUAAAGGUCCCGUUCUUUCUGUGUUUUUGAAGCUUUGCUUGUGUUUACAGUGCGCAAUAUAACAUGUGUUCAUGUUUCAUGUGUAAAAAACACGGUAUUUUUCAAAAAAAUUACUUAUCUCUAUAGCGCUAUAGCGUUUUCACUGUCUUAAAAUGGUAAAAAACGUAACGAGUUCUGAUUGUGUGGUUUGUUUAGUGUGUUGUGAUUCGAUAGCAGAGCCGUUUGAGCUUAGCUGGCGACUGACGUAUUCCUGUGGGCGGAGCUUAGUCAAAAAAAAAUUUCUAGUGAUGUCAUUAAAGCAGGAAGUAGAGGGCUGUAGUUCAAACCGGCCGUUUGCUGAAGGCUUUGAAAGGCGAAUUCUGUUAAUGAAAAUAAAUCGCCUGGCAGUGACCUUUGAGCUUUAUCAUUUUGCAGGUAUUAUUUAUGCUCUAACAGCAAUAUUACACACUAACUAACAUUUGAAAAAUGGGAUCAGGAAGAACGUGACCUUUAAAGGGGACAUAUCAUGAAAAACUUUUUCCAUGUUUAAGUGCUUUUAUCAACCUAAGAAAUGUGAUGAAGAACAACCCAUCGUCUCUGCAAGCACAUGAAAAAAUAGCUUAUUGAAAUUUAGCUCCCCUUGUGAUGUCAGAAGGGGAUUUUAUAAUAACACCUCUUAAUCUGCAACUAUCCAACCACGGCACUGGCAUUUAGUGCAGAGAUCAGCUUAUUUGCAUUUUAAAGGACACUAAAACUUCACAUAUGCACUCUGGAGACAUUAAAGAUUUAUUUGCCAUCUUAAAAAAAGUAUUGUGAAAUGUCCCCUUUAACAAUUAUAGAAUGAAAUGCAUGUUAAAUACUGUGAAUUGCACAAAAUAUUUUUCAGUAGACAAACUGUACUGCACUAGUGCUGGUAUAUGAUUAAUUCAUAAUUUAGUUUGACAAAGAUUUUAUUUGAACGUAUUUCAGGCUUUGUGAUUUCUCUGUCGUUGUAUGAAACUUAAUUUAUUUAUUUGUGCUUUUUGUUAUUUUUCGCAGCAUGCGCCCUGCUUUCGGACACGUUCCUAAAUGCAAUUGCACAAUAUUACAGUAUUGGGAAAUGAAUUAUGUAAACUGUUCGAUUUCCUCGCUUGUAUUUUCUCAUUCUUGCUUGUACGGAAAUGCUAAGGAAACUGAGUACUGAGUUUGAAAGAAUGAAACUCUGUGAGAGCGUUUGCAAAGAUUUGCUUUAUCGAAAUUAAAGGUUUGGUAUUAAUAAAAUAUUCAGGUUUA